UCACUCAUUGUCUAUAUAGAAUAGCUAGAUGCUGACUUCUCAUCAAAGAAGCCAGCAAUUCAUUUUUUCUCUCUGAUAAUAUAUACAAGAGUUACUGCAAUUCUCAUACAAUCUUCUUAGCAUACUAAGUACUGUACCUAUGACAUCCUUGCAAUAACCCUGUAGCCCAUGAGCUCGCUAUUCAAGCAAGAUAGUCAAGCCUACUCAUACGGCUCCCCAGAUAACUACCUACGUGACGCCGCCGAUUAGCCACCGCUUCGGUUCCGCCACGUUACAGCUUUUUGGAGUCAACGUGUCUUGAGAGCAAGGCCAGAUUCGCCCAACCCCAACACCACCAAGACUACUCCUCAAUCAUACGGAGUACAUGCAGCAUGCUGCCCCGGUCUGGGACUGUCCUGCUAUGAUUUUUAUUGAGCCAGCAGAACACCGACACAGUACGCAUCCUAGUGCGCAUCUGCUGCAUCACUUUCUCCUGGGAAGAACAAACGGUGUAACUUUUUGUAUCUGGGUCCAAGAUCAUCAAGCGAGGCGAACCACUGCGCUGCAGAUCACGCAAAUUACAGCUAAUCUCUGUAUUUAUAUGUCCAUCCCGACACCACCCACAUCGGCAUGGUGGAAGCGGUCGGCUCCGCUGCCAUGGGGGAUACAGCUCUGAGGAGUCGAGGACCCCCCCCGUGCCUGCCCACUUGUUGAAGCAGGUUGGGGAGACGUGCUCAGUGUGUGUAUCCUCGACUCCACGAGAGACAAAUCUCCCUCUUAUUGGCUUCUCAGAUGGAGAGUUUCUGAUCUGAACGGGAAAGAUGAAAGUAUUCUUAUUUGUGUUCCUCGUCUUACUCUUUAUAACUAACUAUUAUUACAUUUUACGCUAUGGACUCUUCUAGCUUAUAUUCUAUACUUACUGAGGAUGACCCGACGGUUGAAACCCACUUUGCUCCAGGUGAAUGUGGAUCCACCGGACGGGAGACUCUCCAUGGGACGAAGGGGGAAACUUGGGGCAUCUCCAAUCAGGUCUGCUGCCUGUCUGACUGACUACAAGCAUAUGCUUGACUCGUUGGUUUUGAUUGCUCUUCCGCUUUUGGUGGCUAUCUCCAUACCUCCCUGGCCCCAGGGAGACGAGCGAAAGGGAAAAAGAAAAAAAAGAGCAAAGAAAUAGGGCAGAACCCCUGGCCAUUAUGAUCUCCUGCGCUGUGCAAAGAAUCCAUCAAACUCCCUCGACCCCGCCGCUUUGAGCGUCUAACCCGCCAUCUGGGAAAUUCUCACUCGGCAAGCUUCUCAUCGUUAUUCUUCGUUGUCCUUUUCGCAGCCUGCCCCCAAUCCCCCUCGAGCCAUGGCGAGAACAAAAUAAAAAAUUAACCCCCAGCUAGCCCAGCUGUCCCAGCGGAGCCAGCGAACUCUUUGCAUUGUGGCUUCAUCAAAGCUCCCAACUUAUACAAUGCACGGGCUAGCAAGCUUCGCUGUCAUUGGCGCUUUGCGACUUGCUCCCUUCUUGCAAGCUAUUCAUCUGAAUCACAAUCAUCAAGGCGUCCUUCAAUCCGCUCCUCUACCAAUAUGAUACAUAUAUACUUUCUACCCAUUUUUUCUGCUUAACUGCAUGCUUGCUAUCUGUCUAUGCUACUCUUGUCUCCUGUCUAUACUUCUCUUGUCUGAAUAUAUUCACCCCCGCCACAUUCUCCUGUCCACUGCGGAAUGGUAGCUGAGAAAUGACCGCUGGCCAUCCUCACUACCUGCCAUCAUCCCAGUCUUGCUACUCAAUAUGUUCCUGUCAAUAAUCCGCGAGAGCUGGUGGUGCUACACUACGCUCGAGAGACGCAAUAUAGCCCUCUACAUCCUGGGUAUUAUGCUUUACAAGUUCGGGCUAGAGGCCUUUAACGGAUCCAUUGUCGCCCUCGCCACCAACAGAUAUGACUAUGACGCCUUCGUCUCUAACUCGACUUCCAAAACCUUUGAACGAGUCGGCCUCCUUACUGGACUCAACCAGGCAUUCCAAUGUAUCGGAGCCAUCCUGAUAGCACCGCUCGUCCGCAGAGCUCCCACCAAGUUGGUCCUGGCAGUUUCCGUUCUCGCCUUUGGCCUCUUAACCGCGUUGCUCCUGAUCGUGGAUGCCAGUACCGGUGGGACAUUCGUGCCCAAGCGCUUCCGCGAGAACCAUCCCAGGAAUCAUUUCUCCUACUACAAGAAAUACAACACCGACGGUAUAAUUCCUAUUUACUCAGUUACAAGCAUUGCCUACAAGAUGGUGGAACUGAUCCGCCAUAUCAUGCCGAGAGAUCUUGUGGGAGGAAAUGUACUGAAGCUUCGUCGAUUGGAUGCGCUGGUUCAUAUAUUUUAUGAAAUUGCUGGCACCAGCGGCGCGUUCUGCACUGCGCUGGCGCUAAUACCCAAUCUAGGAAAUAACUAUUCUUUCAUAAUUACCCCCGUUUGCUUUACCAUGGCCGCGGCCACAUGGUACUCUAUAACCAAUCUGGACUUCCAGCCUCAAGCGCAAGAGGUUCUUUCUGAGCGACCUGCAUACGUCAAAGCCAUCGUUGGGUCGUUUCUACUCUUCUUCGAGUCCUUCUGGACCGGCGGUAAACUUAUAUUCACUAAUCGACGCUUCAUCUGGCUGCUGCCCGGAUAUGCCAUUGCACUCUAUGGCCAUCGUUAUUUGGAAAAUGGGAUAGCACCGGCUAUUGCCCGGCGAUACUUGGGCAAUUCCGCCUGGUCACAGUUAAUCGUUGGAGGCUCGAACUUGGGCGAAUUGCUAGGUGCCACAUUCGUGUUCUUCUUCACAAAUCUCAUCACCACUCCUAUUCCAUGGAUCCGGCUUGAUGCGGUAAUGUUAUUGAUUGUCUGGUACCUGCCCUUUUGGCGCCCGCCAGCGGGUCAGGUUGCUUAUGCCUGGAUAGUUGCCGCCACUUUCCUCCCCAUAUCCUUCGGCUGGGCAGCUGGCGAUGUCUCCCUCGCCGCAUACAUUCAGGCGACAUUAGCACGUGUAGAGUCCAAAGCAAAGAACGUCUCUGCUCUGGGCGCGGUGAUGGCAUUCCUUUAUACCACCUACAUCGUCCUGUACGCUAUCACCUCCCCAGUACUGGGCAGGUACAUAGACCACGUCUUCAACGAGUCUGGUGGAACCGAGAACGGCGGUGACAUCCACCUAGCGAUCCUAAACAUAGGCGCCGUUCAAUUCACCAUCCUAUCCGUCGUGAUCUUGGCGGCGACAUUUGUGCCCCAGGGCGCCUUCGCCUUGAAUCCAGACGUGAUUUUCGACGAGCAGCUGGACACGGAGAUAGUCAAGCCGAAAAAGCUUGACGGGAUCGAUCUAGCGAAUCGCCGUAGCGACGGUGAGUAUCCCGAUACCUACUCGACCCGCAAUGGCAGCCGGUAUGGCAGUCGUCAUGCUACUCGCCAUGGUAGUGCCUACACCUACCGCCAUGAGAGUUGUCACGGGGUCUAUGAUGGCGGCCGUCGGUAUCAGAGUCAUGCAAGCGUAACAUAGUACCCAGCUCCAGCUCCAGUUCUUAUUUUUAUUUUUAUUUUCUUUAUAUUCCAUCUUUUUCAAAAUUAUGUCUCCUUCACUUAUUUAAUGAUGGCUCAGCAAUUCUCCCAUCAAUUCGAUUUUUCUGAUACCAGCGUUUUGUGUCUUGUCUUUUUGACUCUGGGUAACCAUCCUAACUCCCAUUAACUGCAAUCACACAUUACCCGUCUCGAGAAUAUAAUAUACCCAAAUACUUCUCCCCAGUUUUGAUACCCCUUUUGUUACAUUAUACAUGCACGCGAAAGCAUACGCUCACGAGGUUAAUAUCACUCAAGCAAUCAAGCAAGACACUGGACACAAGUACAGUACACAUCAUGAUACCCCAUCUCGCUCACUCACUUUUUAUCCCGCCGCCUCACAUACUAUACAUGUACAAUGUGUGUGUGUGUGUUUUUCUUUUGCUGUUUUGUGUAUCUGUGAUAGAUAAAUGUAGAUAUGCGUACAUCAGUAGCAGCAACAGCAGACUAUGUGGUUCAACCACUCGUCCACUAAAUAUAAAAAUAUCGCAAAAUCGCUACUGAAUGCUGGUAUGUACAUGUACAAUAGUUAAAUAAUCCAUUUGUUUCUUUU